AUGGACGAUAGAAAUCAACAUUCACCCAUUUCCGCCACCACGGAGCAAAGAACGGUGUCGGAUUCCUCAACCAGAGAGUUGACAUUUGGCGAUCAGAUAUCGGAACACGGCUCUGAUACUUCGGAGACGAAGGCAGUCCCUCCUCACAUCCGACUGAACUCGGGACGACAGGAUCCCUUCGGCGAGACAAAUGAAGGCUAUGCACCUCUCAAGUCGCGGACGUUCCCCCGACCAUUAACACCACAGGGCCCCGAUGGUCCAAUGCCCAUAAGCGCUCAAGGGAUCUCGCCGUAUGGCGCCUCUGUCGUCCCCGAGUCCUCUGAGUUUCUCUUACCCCCGAGGCUGCGUCCCACACAGGGCUCAGGCGUGAGUUACACUGAUCGGCCCCGGUCACCGGACCGAUGGUCAGCCACUCGCUCAAGUAUCAGCUCCCUCAGUCAUGAGAGUACCUACCCCUUGUACCCAUUCCACGAUUCGAGGGCGCCUUCGCACGCUGGUAGUGAGGAGAACGAUGUCAACACACAGACUGUCUCGGAGAAGUUCAAUAUCAUGCCUACUGAUGGGUUGUUGUUGUUCCCCGAGGACGUGGAGAAAGAUGAUUACUUGCAUAACCCGGACCCGGCGGACAAGGACCGAGAGUGCGAUAUCUGGAAUAGACGUGGGAUUCUGAAUGUCGGUGGUCUGGCGCUUUUGACAAUAGGCAUUCUGGUGCUCUUCAUUGGCUACCCUCUCAUAACUUGGUUGGCUGGUGUCAUGAAACCGACGACACACAGUGUAUGCCACCCUGAUGAUACGUUGUGUUUGGAUGUUGGGGAACGGCCGUUGUUGCAAAACCUGCGUAUGGGCUUGAUUGACCCUGAUACGCCUAAAGAAGCACUCACCAAGAAAAGUGUGAAUGGCAAGGAGAUGAAGUUGGUGUUCUCGGACGAAUUCAACAUGCCCGGUCGAACUUUCUACGAUGAAGAUGAUCCAUACUUCCAAGCUGUUGAUCUGUGGUACGGAGUCACAAUGGAUAAAGAGUGGUAUGACCCCGAUGCAGUGACCACGGCAGAAGGCACCCUGCAGCUCAAAUUCGACCACUUUGAAAACCACGGUCUCCAAUACAGGUCAGGAAUGGUACAGAGCUGGAACAAGCUCUGCUUCAAGGGAGGUCGUCUCGAAGCCAGCAUGUCCCUUCCUGGCGAUGGGCACAUCCAAGGUUUCUGGCCUGGAUUCUGGGCAAUGGGUAACCUGGGACGUCCUGGUUAUGCUGCUACCACUGAUGGUAUGUGGCCGUACAGCUACCACGAUGGUUGCGAUGCGGGGAUCACUCCGAACCAAAGUUCUCCCGAUGGUAUCAACUGGCUACCUGGGAUGCGCUUGCCUGGGUGUGCCUGCCCUGGGUCCGACCACCCAUCGCCCGGUCAUGCACGCAGUGCACCGGAGAUAGAUAUUAUCGAAGGCAGCACUGCUCCACUGUAUGGUGACAGCGGUCCAUUCGUCGGCAGUGCGUCGCAGAGUUUGCAGACUGCUCCUUUCGACUUGUGGUACAUGCCUGACUACGACUUCGCUGCGGUCUACGAUCCUCGUGUCACUGAGCUCAACUCCUACCGAGGCGGCGUGUACCAACAAGCAAUCUCCGGCUUAACGAAUCUAAACCACCGCUGGUACAACGGAACCGAAUACCAGACAUACGCGGCCGAAUACACCCCCGGUGACAAAGGCGACGUAACCUGGUUCGUCGGCAAGGAGAAGACCUGGACCCUCGACGCCCGCGCCAUCGGACCAAACGGCAAUAUUGGACAGCGCAUGAUCCCGCUGGAGCCCAUGGCCAUAGUCAUGAACAUGGGUAUGGCAGACAACUUCGCGCCGCAGAAUAAGAGCAUCCAUGAAUACAUGCCUGCCUACCUUCGCCUCGACUAUGUCCGUAUCUACCAGGAUCCCGAUGAUGAGAGCGUUACUUGUGACCCGCCGGGUUAUGAGACGACUGAGUAUAUUGAGAAACAUCGCAAGGCAUAUGAUAAUGCCAACUAUACUCUUUGGGACGAUGCUGGGUACCAUUGGCCCAAGAACUCAUACAUGCAUGACUGUUCGGCUAAUUAG